AUGGCAAAAUCAAUUAGUAAAAAUUCAAUGGAAAAACCGUUUGGUGUAAUCGAACGUAAGGCUGUUAAUCCAGUUGGAUGUCUUGGUUCUCUCUAUGACGGUUUUCGAGAUAAUAUAUUUUAUCACACAUACCAUAAAUGUCAAAAACAGUUCUUAGAACCAUCUCAACCAGUACAAUGUAAAAUUGUAAAUGGCAGUGUAGAUUCAAACUUCAAUAUACUUGAAUGUAUUGGUAUUGAACCGGAAUUACGGCUAAGUUUAUUGUUGAAUUUAACGAAUCGAUCUGGAAUAGCAGAACUUCUUAAUUAUCCUCAUCGUAUAGAUCAACAUACUCGCUUCUUAUACUAUUCUUGGAUUUAUGGUACACAACAAUUUCUUGAAAAUGAGCAAAUAUUCUCUCCAAUUAAUGGCUCUCCCAUUCCUUCACCUUUACCAGUACCCCAUGAACCAGUGUUAGUGUCAAAAGAUAAAACUAUUAAUAUUCUUCUUCUUGGUGAAACUGGUGUUGGUAAAUCAACCUUUAUCAAUGCUUUUGCCAAUUAUCUUACAUUCGAUUCUUUUGAACAAGCUGAAUCAGGUGAACCUAUCGUAAUCAUUCCUGUCUCAUUUAUUAUGACGGUUGGUGAUCAUUUUGAAGAACGAACAGUCAAAUUUGGUGAACUCGAUCGUUUUAACAAUGAAAAUUUUAACAUUGUUGGUGAAUCCAUAACACAACAUUGUAAAUCUUAUAUAUUUGAUUUUAAGCAUAGUGAAGAUAAUAACCGAAGAAAGGUACGUAUUAUUGAUACACCUGGUUUUGGUGAUACACGAGGUCUUGAUCAAGAUGAACAAAAUAUGCAACAUAUUUUACAAUACAUCAAUAAUAUUACAUAUUUGAAUGCUAUUUGUUUUCUUCUCAAACCAAAUUCAUCACGAUUACAUAUCUUUUUUCGUACAUGUCUUAUUCAAUUAUUUUCUCUUCUUGAUUCAAAAGCUCAGAAUAAUAUUAUCUUUUGUUUUACUAAUGCACGAUCAACUUUUUAUACACCUGGAAAUACAGGUCCAUUACUGAAAAUUAUGCUUACAUCAGCUUCAAUGGAUAAUAUUUCGUUUAAAAAAGAAAAUACAUAUUGUUUUGAUAGUGAAGCAUUUCGAUAUUUAGUCGCCUUACGAAAUAAUAUUCCAUUUACUGAUGAAGAAAAAAAAGAAUAUCAAAUGAGUUGGUCAACAUCAGUUAACGAAUCCAAACGUUUAAUUGAUUAUAUUAAUAAAGAACUCAUCGAAUAUCGUAUAGAAAAUGGAUGGCAAACAAUUAAACAUGCUCAAUUUGAAAUUUCUUAUAUGAUUCAGCCAAUAUUAGAAACAAUAAGAAAUACUCUUCGCAAUUUUAUUCUAUGGAAAAAUAAAUCGAACCAAUUCAUUAAAUUAAUUGCAAAACCUCUUCAUUCUACAGCUACGCGUUGUCUUUCGUGUAAAGGUGAUCUAAAACAAGUUGUUGAAUUUUGGAUUUUCUCUACUUAUCCACAUGCGAUGCAAAACAAUAGUUGUGUCAGAUGCUUGUGUACUCUUGAUCAACAUGUUUCGAUCGAUUAUGCACUGAACUAUACAUAUUCGAAUAUAACUUUCAAUAAUGUUGAAAAUACAAUGAUCGAUAUGUUAACUACGCUGAUUCAUGCAAGUACCAAAUUAGCUUAUUUUCUUAUGCAUACAGCGCAUUCUACAAAGGAUGAUCCAUUAUUGAAUGGUUUGAUAGAAAUGAUUGCUGAAGAAACAUAUAUAUGUGAAAUUAAAAUAUCAAAUAAUUUUAAUAAGCAAUUGAGCGAAGAAUUGUCGAAAUUUGCAAAUGAAUAUGAACAACAAAUGAAGAAAAUGAAAUUGACUCAAGAGAAUAUCGAUCUACCAACUAUCUAUAAAUUAAUUGAAAUGAUUAAGGGAUAUUCUAUGGUGCAUGAACAAAUGACAGCUGUUAAGAAAAGACAUCGAAUGAUGAUUGAAGAAUACGAAUAUGAAGUACAAAAGAUGUAA